AUGAAGUGGGCCAAGAAAGAGGAGCCAAAGGAGGGCAAGGGCGAUCGAAAGGGCGAGGGGAAGCGGAAGGGAGGCAAGUCUGCCAGAGCUGAGGAGGAGGACUGGAGUUGGACGUGGACGGCCGACAGCUACUCGGACUGGUGGAGCUGGAACGACUGGGGUUGGGACACGAAGCCCAGCAAGGGAGAGGCCAAGGAGGGCAAGGGCAAGGAGAAGGGCAAGUCUAAGGACUCUGGGAAGAAGGGCAAAGGUGCCAAAGACGACGGCGAAGAGAAGGGCAAGGGUAAAGGAAAGGGAAAGUCCGAGGACUCGAAGGGUAAGAAGGGAGGUAAAGGCUUCGCAAAAGGAGGCGAAAGCAAAGGCGAGGGAAGCAGGAAAGGAGAUGCCCCGCCCAGCCCGAAGACCGUGGCAGAGGUGGAGGCCGAAAUGGCGAAGGGCAAGGGCAAGAUUGAAAGGGUGAAGCGAAGCCCAGACUCCGGAGCCAAACAGCCCAUCGAAACGAAGGGCGAGAUUUGCCAGGUGCACAAGCACAGCAGCAUGGGCUGUGCCGUGGUGUCCAUGCAGUCCGCCAGCAUGCGGGAGGCCAUCAUGAACUUCGCUGAGCAGAGGUUUGGCCGCAACGCUGCGGGCCGUGUACAGAUGGACAUCGGCGACGUCAAAGUGCAGCUGAAGCGGCACACAGACAAGCAGACGAAGCGAGAGGUCGUCACAGAUAUCUUUGUUGCUUGGGGCCACCAGCAAGAAAAGGACUCCCCGCUUACGGUGGAGGACAUCGCAGAGCGCUUCGACCAGCUCUACCAGGAGGCCCUGGCGUCGCCAGCCGUGGAGGUGCCGCCGGCGUCGAUACCAGGAGCAGCAGGAAAAGCGGAAGCUGCAGCCCCACCUCCGCCACCGGCGUCCGCCGCUGGCCCCGCAGGCGCGGCUGCGGCGGCAAACCCUUACCUCAGCGCCAUGACGAGCAACGCUGCCAUGAACCAGUACCUGCAGCAACAGUACCUGGCACAGCAGGCGGCUGCGAUGGCUUAUCAUCAACAGUUUGCGCAGCAGCUCAUGCAGAUGUACGGAAACCAGGGAGCUCCCUGGGGCAAAGCCGGCAAGGGCAAAGGCUUUGGAAAGGGUAAAGAUGGCAAAGACGGCAAAGGAAAAGCAGCGGGAGAGUCCGCACCAUUUUCGGCUCCGGCGCCGGCUGAUGAUGUGCAGGAGACGGGGGCAGGCGGAGCGGGCGGAGCCGCGGAGGAGGGCGGUGGCCUGGCCGACUUUACACCGGCCAAGCCGCGGCUUCUGCAGAUUGUGGACCCAAACAGUGGAAAGCCGAUCGACACCAUGGGCAUGAACUUUGCCCCGCGAAAGCCGUCGACGCCGCUGCAGAUCACCAAUCCCAACACGGGAAAGGCCGUCGCGAUUGAGGCGAGUUGA